UCAUUUCCGGUGGAAAAUUCCAGCCUUGGUCUUUAAAAGGACGCGCUGAAAUAGCGGUUGUGAGGUUGAAACGUAAACUGCCAAUGGUACUCUAGCUCGCGCAGCAACUGAAUAUACCAAAGAGAUUUAAAGGACACAGAGAUCAUCCACGUGAAAAAAAAAGCAAGAAAACGAAAACCCGCGCGCUCCUAACUACGUGCGCACUUAGACUUUUCCGUCAUUGGAUUUGUCUGUACUUUGUCAUCUUUGGAGGUCCCGUCAGCUGUGAACCAGACAAUCAUGAUCCUGCUGUCUCCCUCCUCUGAUGAAGAGUGUCUUGAACUCGCCUGGCUUUGGAAUCACAGGAAGUUCAGGGUGAAAACACUUGAAGGGUUGCUACUGCAACAUUUAAAAAAAUCUUAAAGUUUUGCAGGUCAAUUUAUCUGUGCACUCUGUCUUGGACUGUACUAUGACGAGAGAAAGCAAUAAACUCCCAAAAGAGGAGGCGGACAGGAAACACUGGUUUCUUUGUUUGGCUUCAUUAAAGAAACAUCAGGGCUUUAGAGGCCAGGAAGACGUUUCUGGCUUUUUGGUUAGUGUCAGAAGGCAUUCCCUCUUGCUGACUAAACUGGAUCGUUCAUACGUUUAAUGUUAUCUUCAAAUCAACUACAUUUUCAAUCAAUAAUUAUUAGUUUUACCAACUGCACUUUAAAACAAGCUUCAAUAAAUUAAAUCAAAUUCAAUUGACCUUCUACCCCCAUGCCGUUAGGUACUGUAAUUGAUACUGUGUGUUUAUGUAAACAAUGAGAGGUUGUAGAUGUAGACCAUGAUCCCGAUUAAAGCCUCAGCUACAUUGGUAUUAAUAGACUUGAAUAGUGAGCUAUUUAAUCCUGCUGCCAUGUCCUUGUCUAAGGUCACCACACAUCUCACGUCUGGUAUGUGUCUAUUGAGUAGGUCAAACUCAAUCUCACUAUUGCCAAUGGUGUAUGUGAUAGUCCCGUAAAUGUUUAUACCUUGUUUUCCCACACCAGUAUUUGUGUGUAUUUGACCCCUAAUCUGAUUACAAUUGAGUCUUAACACGCCACACGCAUCCCGUUCAGACAUGUAUCCUUUUGAUGUGUUUUCUUUUCAAAUAUUAUCUGUUGAUAUUGGAACUGAAACUUUGCUGCAUGCUGCUUUUAAGUUAAAAUGUUAUAUAAUAUAUAUAAUAAUAAUAAUUUGAAUUGCUUAGAUAUAACUGAUAAUUGAAUGGGUAGAUGAUGAGAGACUGUAAUUUUGCAUGCUAUAGGCUGCGAAUGAACGAAUGUACAGUAACAAAUGCAUUUUAGUGAUCUGAAAGUGGAUGAAUGUAUCAUACGGUUGAUCUUCGUCCAAUAUACAUACGUCUUGGUAAGUGAUGCUUCUUUUACAUUAGACAGGGUAAUCAUCUUUUUAAAGUCACACGUUAAAAAAACAAACAGACAAAUGCUACAAUAUUUUGCCAUAUAUUUUCCCACCCAAUAGUGUACAAAGUACUGUGUAAAUUAGCAUCAAGAAUAUUUUCUGAAUUUCUACACAUUUUUUUCUUUCACUACAACUGGAAUCUUGUCUCAAACUGGCAUAUAAUGAUUAAGCUGUCCACAAUUUAGACACCUUCAUCAAAAGGUCAGCUGCUAUGGUCACCCGGUGAUAGUGAGGAUUUUGCCUUUAGCUGUAGCAAGGCAGGGGUUAUUGACAUAACACAGACAACUACUAACUGCUGUUGUUGUGGUCUAAGGUCUCUUCCAGUGUACCAACAAGCUCUUUCUGAGUGAUGAAGCCACAGGACUCCAGAUCAAGGAGUUUGCACGUAAAAAUGCAGCCAAUGCUCUGUCACUUGCUAACAUGGUCAUGGGCAUUAGCUCCAUACUCAGCAGUCUAAAUGGGCACCAUCACGCUGCAUGUUGGCUGGUUCUGAUUGGCUACCUUCUGGAUUUGGCAGAUGGAGCAGUUGCCAGGCAACUCGAUGCCUGCUCUGCACUGGGUGCCAAGCUGGAUGAUUUCGCCGACUUCACGACCUUCGGGAUCGCCACCUCAUUGCUCUUAAGGACAUCCGACCUGCUGGACAACAUCCUGUGCGUGUGUUACGUCUUGUCUGUUUUCACCCGCCUGUGCUUCUUUACAAGCGGCAUCCCGUUCAUGUAUCGCGGGCUGCCCUGCAUCUACUCCGCCGCCAUCCUGGCCAGUGCGUCUCUGCUGUCAGGGGAGAACCUGCCCAUGCUGCGGGUCAUCGCCGUGUUCAUGAUCCUCUUCAUGAUCAGCCAGACCUUCUACCCCCACGACAGAGUGCUGGAGUCCCAGGCCUGGAAGAAGGCAGUCUAUGCUGGAGGAGUUGUGAUGCUGUUCUGCUCAUCCUUCCCCCCUGCAUGCGUGUACUAUCUGCUGUGGUCCGUCUCCUACAUUUUGUUCCCAACAUCCCUCUGGAGCAGUAAAGUGUAAAAUGGGUGCUGGCUUUGUCCAAAACUCCCAUGUAGGUUUGCUUCUAUGGCCCAUCUGGGUGAACUGAGGCUCCCAGACUGCUGCUGCUCCCUACAGCCAUGGAGGACCCAAGCUGAAACAUGCUCAUGUUCCACAGGCGAACACUCGCUCUAUUUGACCUUUAUUUUGACGUGACACCUCUAAAACAGAUCCAAGAGAGUUAGAGUGAGGGAUGAGAAGUGCAUUUUAAUGUUACUAACGUAAUGACCCGCCUUCAUGCUGUUUUGUGUCUGGUGGUCAGACACCUUGCUCCACACUUUCACCCGGUUUAUCUCCUGUGUAAUCUCCCGACUUCAGUAGUUCAAUCUCUCAUCAAUGUUGUGAUCACGCAGCAGCAGCACACACAUCAUUUUCUCACGGGAUGGUAUUAAAAAAAAUUAAUGAUUUCAAACAAGUAAUCCAUAAUUUUUAAUAGAUUUUGGCUUCUAACUUUAGAAAAAGUUGAACCGUGUAAUCACACUGGAGCAUAACUCUUAAGAUGAUGCGCAUGCAGCAUAGCAUAUUGAGUGCUACGGUAUGUAGGUAAAGCCUGUAAUCAUAUACAAGAUUUCUCAGUAAAGUUUUGCCAGAUUCAAAUUCCAUGUCCUUUCUGCUUUAUAACACAGUAACCGGCCUUCGUACAGAACUAUGACUAAUUUCAUGUUAACUGUUAUCAGGUUUAAAGGUAACUUCACUUUCACGGCAUUCAGGUCAGAGUGCGCGUUUCCUCGUAAUCCGCUUUUCCACUUCGUAGGGGUAAAAAAAAAAAAAAAAUCCAGUGACUAACGUUAAGAAACCUUCGAAUGAAAUGGUGCAGUCAUUCCUAAUAUUAGAUUUGCUGUGAGAAUGUUUUUAAGAUGCUUCCAUAGUUCUUCUGUGUCAUUUUACUUGGUCCUUGUAUGUGUUUGCCUCUGUUUUAGGAGGCGUUGCAUUGCGGCAAUGUGUAAUUGUGCCUCCUUGCGUGUGUGACAAAGGCUGAAAUGAUACAGUAUACCCAUAUUUCAUUUUGAACUCCACACUAUCUGAAGACAAGUCAUCUUUCAUCUUCUGAGAUGUAGAAAUAAAAGGUAUGACAUCACCCUCAACAAUAGUUCAGUGAAUUUAAUGAUGCUUUAAUAAUUUCAACCUAUAUAUACACAAUAUCACAACCCGGACGACAUAAACUUUUGCAUUCAAUUUGUUUUAAAAAUGUUCAUAAAGGAGACAUAAAAUGGAAACCCAGUUAUCUGAAUGUUUAUCUCACAGUUUUCUGAGGCAAAGACGAAGGCAGAAUCUCCAUCAUGAAAAUUAAACACAAACGGCCAUGUAUUCUGGUACUGAUAUUGAUCUAAACCCACUGUGGUUCUUGACCUGGUUACAAUAACCAAUGUUGUGAAAAUAAACAUCUGAAGUGUAAAGUGCAUAUUAGGGCUGGGGCUAUAAAUGACGGAAGUUUUCUAUCCCGACAGGUCAUUUAAUAUCCCCAAAGCGAUACAGUAUAUGUCACAAUAAAGCAUGUUAGCUCAAAAGAUAUUCUGUAUGAACUAACCACAUGGUAAUGCCAUGGGUCAAUGAAAUACUUGACAAAUGAAGAGUACUGUGUAUUUUCCCAUUUAAUUAAGAACUUGAGUGUAAAAUCUUCUGAGAAUUUUUGUUACUAUGUGCUUGUUAUCCUUAAGAUGUUUAGACAACAUAGUUGACAGCUGUCGAUAUACCUUUUAAUGAUGAUUUAAUUGAUGAUUUAAAAGACAAUAAAUUAUCCUAUUGAAUUCUUGCCCGGGCCUAUACUCAGACUGACCACAGAUCUGCUUUCCUGUGUGGUUGUUUUGGUUUUCAAACUGUGAAGCCACAGUAAUGUACGCAUGCCAGGAGCAUUACAAUUACAAAAAUGACUCUUUGCCCAAUAAAUAAAAUUUUUAAAAAAUCUUAA